GGACGAAACGUGUUGUGUCUUGCCUGUGUGACUAAUUUGAUAUCAGUCCGACCGGCUGAAGAGCAUACACGAUAAACACAUUAUAUUUCUGAACAUGUUUGGGAACACUGCAAUCAAUAUAUUUUCUUGUUGAGCCAUUUUUAGAUACAUCCGGUUAAAUCCGAAUGAUAUAUAAUUUACCAUGACUAACAGUUAGUUAAUCAUGGAAUUUACUAAUGCUAGUAAAUAGUAUUACUCAGUAGUCAGUAAAGUAGAUCGAUAAAUCUAUAGAUACCUACCGACGUGUUCGUUUGUUGACAAACACUUAUAUUAUAAACUUCAAUAUUUUUACAUUUAACUGUACAUAAGCUUUCAAAUGGAUGAAAAUAUAUCUGACGAAGAUGAACAUUUGACAUACGAACAACAAAGACUAAAACGUAUGAAAAAGAAUGAAGAAAUGUUGGAUAUACUAGGUAUAAAUCAGGCUGCAAAGACGUUGGUAAAUUGUUUACACAAAAAGACAAUAGAUAAGAAAAAUAAAUUAAAAUCUGUAACUGUAGAACCUGUUAAACGGUCACUGAGAAUAGCUCAUUCGCCAAACCCUCAAAAGUAUUAUUACAAAGGAAAAGUCUCAGAUUUUAUUGAAAAACUUAAUAACGACUUAGCCAUUAAAGAACCUGUUAAUGAUUUUCAUAAGUUACCAAGUCAAAAAUUUGUUCAUGUACUAAGAAGUCUUGAUAUGAAUAAACCAUCAAUAAAAGUGUCUGAAACUGGUAUCCACUCUCUUGCUAUUCAUCCAUCAGAAACAUCUCUGAUGAUAGCAGCGGGAGACAGGAGAGGAAACAUUAAUUUAUACAAUAGAAAUUCAGAAAUCCAAAGAUUCAUAGCUCAUAAAGCUCUAGUCAAUUGUAUGUCAUUUUGUUCUUGGGAUCCAAACAAAUUGUUUUCAACUAGUUAUGACGGAUCGUUUGGGUGUAGUGACAUUAGUAAACACACUUUUGAUAUUAUUUAUAAGACAGAACGGAAUACGGUUAGCGACUCAAAAACCACAUGGCACAAUGAAUGUGAAAGAAAUUUUCUCAUUGGAAAUAGUUCUGGUUAUGUAGAUAUGAUUGAUAUACGAAUACCAAAUAAAAUUAUCAACUCUGCCUGGUGUCAUAGAGGAUCAGUGUGUACAGUUCAGUGUCACCCAUUGAAAAAACAAUACUUUUUAACUUCAUCUGAAGCUAGAGUGGUUUCCUUAUGGGACAUAAGAAAUAUGACUGACAAAUCAAUUAAUCCAGUUUUACAAUUUAAUCAUCCUAAAGUAUUAACAAGUUCAUUUUUUUCUGCUCGUGGUACCAAGAUGGUGUCAACAUGUAAUGAUAACAAAAUUAGAAUAUUUAACACUGAACAAUUAAAUUCAGAUGCUAAAAAACCCAUAAAGAUAAUUCCAUUUAAGAGACGAACUUAUGAUAAUGAUUAUCAAGCUAAAUGGAAUCCUGGAAGAGAAGAUGCAUUUUUUAUUUCAUCAAUGCUAUUGCCAAUAAGAAUGCAAGUUUUUGAUUGUAAUGGAAAUGUAUUACACGAUCUAAUAUCUAAAAAUAUGACCUCACGUUGUUUAGUCAUAGAAGUACAUCCCACUCAAGCCAUUUAUGUUGGAGGAAAUACAUAUGGUCGUAUACAUAUAUUUAGUACCAAGAAACAACUAACAUAAAGAUUUUUUAUUAAAUUAUUUAUUUCUUCGUCUUUAUUAAUUAGUAAAUUACUAUUUACUCAGCAAAAAUAUUUCAUUU